CUGAGGAAGCCGACAGCUUUAACCUGAAGAACUUGCUAGAAUCCUCCACCUUUCUUUCAUCAAACAUUUCCUCACCCAACAAAUAUAUAAAUAUUAAGACCAAUCCGAACUCGGCGUACAAUUUCGGGAUUAGAGAAUGCCACCAUGAACCAUACGGACACGGAGAUGAUGGAGACGGCGGCGCCGUCCAACACCGGCCAAGGCGACGUCGUUAGGGACUUGCUCACAUUGUCUCGCCAGCUCCUUAAUCAAGGCAAGCCUUCCCAGGCCCUUCAAGCGGUUGUUAUGGCAAUGAGAACAAGGGGUGGGGAAGAGGCUGUAUUUCAGUCCUUGCAUCGUGCUCGUGAGCUGUACAGAAGUAGAUUGCAAGAAAGUGCUGCUGCUGAUCAACUAGCUUCUUUGUUUGCGGAGUGUGCAAUUGCCGAAGCUCAUCCUUUUACGACUGAACCAGAAGCAGCAGGUAACGUGGGUGGUCCGUCAGUUGGUGCUGGACCUGAUGAUCAAGGAAGUUCCAUACUGGCGGAAACUGGCAGGAUGCAGGUUGUGUUGGAUGCAUUUUCAGAUGGGAGUAGCUUCAUUUGUUUACAGUGUGGAGGUCUUGUUAGCAAUCAUCGCAAAGACGAGCACUACGCAUACUGGUGUUGCCAAACUUGAUGUACAGAUACAAGCCCACUUCUGCAAUGCUACUCUCAUCGCGUGUGAUUCUGUACUAUCAUUCCACUUCUGUGAGCCUCUGAUGGAGUAGCUACUACUGAUCCCAGCUCCUCUCAAAUGGUCCGCGUUGUUAGAUAUUGACCAUCAGCAAACAAAACAUAUGCAUAUUAUGGUUCAGUUCAGGUUGUCCAGAUUGUGUAUCGGUUGGUUUGGAAUGUAUCGAUAAAAUACCUUAUCUUGUAUCAGUUAGUUUAGAAUCUUGUAAUACCUUGUAGUAAUCAAAUUUUUUUCACAAGAAAAUACGGCAACGUGGUUCAACUUUC